AUGACCAAGAGGGGCGCCAGCCUCUACGAGGCUGCGGUCGAUGAUGAGAUGGCUGUCUUGGUGGAUUGCGCGAGGAAGCAUCAGGGGUGUCCCAAGGUCUUUGAAGAUGUGGGCAACUCGAACGACGGACGCGAGGUCAGCGACGGAGAGUUGGGCAAGGAUGAGGUCGAGGAUCUCAAGGGGGAGUUGAUCAAGCAUGAUUUGAAGCUAUUGAAGGUCCAUUGUGAGGUGGCGAUGCCGAGUGACUGA